CACGUGACUCGGUCUGAUAAUACGUUAAUAUCACUCGUGAAUAGAUUAUUGUGCGUGUUUAACAAUAAGGAGGGUUUAGAUGUACGGGGGAGAUGUAAUAUAAACGUACGUUAGGAUUGCUUAUAUAUCGUGUACGAGUGUAAGGCGCACGCGACUUAAGUUUUACGUUCGGCGCUGCAUCCGAUAUAAACUAUCGUUGCUCCCCGGUGAGAGUAACUGAAAGAAAAUUGGCUUGUUUCUCGCUUUCCUUCCGAGGACCGAGAGACGAAAAGAUGAGCAUGGUCACCGAGAAAACGCUGGGUGUGGAGUUCGGAAUUGGUGCCUUGGCAGCGGUGGGAGCCGGUUUCUUCACGAAUCCCGUGGACGUGGUGAAGGUGCGGCUGCAACUGCAGGGUGAGCUGGAGGCGCGAGGCUCGUAUCAGAAGAUAUACAAAAAUACCGUGCACGCCGCGUAUCUGAUAGCUAAGCACGAAGGUGCGUUGGCUCUACAAGCGGGAAUUGUGCCCGCGCUCGCCUUCCAGGUGGUGCUCAACGGUAUUCGCUUGGGCGCAUACAAGUCUGCCCAGAGAUACGAACUGAUCGUUGACAAACAAGGCAAUACCGAUGUUCUACGAACCACUCUGGUAUCCGGCACGGCCGGCUGCGUCGGCGCCGUCCUCGGCAGUCCGUUCUAUCUGGUCAAGACGCAAUUACAGGCGCAAUCUGCGAAAUCCAUCGCCGUGGGCUACCAGCACAGUCAUUCGGGAUCGUGGAAUGCCUUCAAAUCUUUGUGGAUGGAAGGCGGCAUCGCGGCUUUAUAUCGUGGAUGGAACGCCAACAUGCCGCGCGUAUUCGUCGGCUCGGCGACGCAGUUGACUACUUUUGGAUUAGCAUUGGACUGGUUGCGCUCGCUAAAUAUAUUUCCAGAUCGUCCAAUAUUGCUGACCUUCUUGGCCUCCGUGAUCGGAGGUAGUUGCGUAGCCAUCACCAUGCAGCCGUUCGAUGUCUUAGCAACGCGGUUGUACAAUCAACAGACAGACGCGGCCGGCAAAGGUAUUCUAUACAAAGGACUCGGAGACGCACUCGUCAAGAUAUUCCGCACCGAAGGUCUGACGGGUCUGUACAAAGGAACGUUUCCAACGUGGAUGAGGAUAGCGCCGCAUACGGUUCUGUGCUUAGUGUUUUAUGAAAAACUAGAUCAACUGUACAAUAAUUUUACAACACGAACCGAUUGAUAUUAGUUUUAAAUUUGUAUACAAAUUAUACAUG